UCGCUCCUUCGCACACACCAUGAAUACCCAACUUGUUCUUUCCCUUGUUCUGGCCUUCUUCUUCUUCGCCGGUAUUGGGGCUCAAGCUGCCACAAUCACUUUUACCAACAAGUGCCAAUACACAGUAUGGCCGGGAACUCUAACAGGUGACCAGAAGCCUCAGCUGUCCAAGACCGGGUUUGAGUUGAAAAGCGGAGCGUCCACCACCGUGGGCGUUCCAUCUCCAUGGUCGGGUCGCUUCUGGGCUCGAACUGGAUGUACUAAUAACGCUGGCAAGUUCACUUGCGCAACCGCAGACUGUGGCUCCGGCCAAGUAGCAUGCAACGGCGCUGGUGCGGUCCCGCCUGCAACCCUAGCCGAGCUCACCGUGGCGGCAAACGGAGGACAGGAUUUCUACGACGUGAGCAAUGUGGACGGGUUCAACGUCCCCAUGUCCAUAGCUCCACGAGGCGGUAAGGGCGACUGCAAGCCAUCGAGCUGUCCGGCGAACAUCAACGCGGCGUGCCCAGCGGAACUGCAAGUGAAAGGCUCGGGCGGGAAGGUGAUCGCCUGUAAGAGUGCUUGCUUGGCUUUCAACAAGCCUGAGUACUGUUGCACAGGAAGCUUCGCCGGCGGACCGGACAAAUGCCCGCCCACCAAGUACUCAGAGUUUUUCGAGAAGCAAUGCCCUGGUGCUUACAGCUACGCUUAUGAUGACAAGAGCAGCACCUUCACUUGUUUUGGCGGCCCUAACUAUGUCAUAACAUUCUGUCCUUGAACUUCAUCACCUCCGCAGCUCCGCUCCGUAAAGAAGAUGGACUCUCUUAUAUAUUAUUAGUUAUCUAGACAACAAGGAAUAAUAUGGCCAGCACUUGAUUAAAUAAUUAAGUUUCGUUUGGUUAUUAAAAUAAAAUGAUUGAAAAAAUCAAAAUAAAAAUGAAUUAAUUUUUUUAUGUAAUAAAA